AUGGCAGAAAAGAAUCUUAACAUGGUCUCGGAACCUGCCGCCCAAAGGGUUACUGAAGAGAAGAUGGCUAGCUCGUCUAGUGAUUCUGGGGAAGAUUCGGACAGCAAUGGCUCUAGCAGCAGCACUAGUUGCAGCAGCAGCAGUGGCCGCAGCCACUUAUAUAGAAAGAAGAGGGUAUCUGGGCCUUCCAGAAGAGCACGGGGGGCUCCGCUGGGUAAAAGUUUUGUGGAUCGGCUGCCUCAGGCAGUUAGAAAUCGUGUGCAGGCGCUCAGAAAUAUUCAAGAUGAAUGUGACAAGGUUGACAUCCUGUUCUUAAAGGCAAUUCACGAUCUCGAAAGAAAAUAUGCCGAACUCAAUAAGCCUCUAUACGAUUGGCGAUUUCAAAUAAUCAAUGCAGAAUAUGAACCUACAGAAGAAUAUGAAUGGAAUUCAGAGGAUGAGGUGUUCAGCAGUGAUGACGAGGUGCAGGAAGACAGCCCUAUUGAAAUGCCUGCCUUAGAAAGUGAGGAGGAAGAUGAUAACCCUAAGGAAAAACCUCAGGUAAAGGCUGAAGAAAACGAGGUACCAAAAGAAAUUCCUGAGGCAAAGACUGAAGAAAACGCAGAGUCUAAAGAUUUUCUGGGUAUAAAGCCUGAAGUGAAAGAAGAGCCUGAAGUAGUCCCCCAGCAAAAUGCAGAAGAUCAAAAACAGCCUAAAGCAGCAGAGGCUAAGGCAAAGGCUGCUGUAAUAGAGGCUCCUAAAAGAAUUUCUGAGGUCAGGCCUAAACAAAGAGUAAAUCUUAAAAGAGUUCGUAAGGGAAAACCUAAAAAAGAAGAUCCUAAAGGCAUUCCUGACUAUUGGCUGACUGUUUUAAAGAAUGUCGACAAGCUUGGGCCCAUGAUUCAGAAGUAUGAUGCCCCCAUUUUGAAGUUCUUGUCAGAUAUUAGCCUAAAGUUCUCAAAACCUGGCCAGCCUAUAAGCUACACGUUUGAAUUUUAUUUUCUACCUAAUCCAUACUUCAGAAAUGAGAUGCUGACCAAGACAUAUAUAAUAAAGUCAAAACCAGAUCACAACGAUCCCUUCUUCUCUUGGGGAUGGGAAAUCCAAGAUUGCAAAGGCUGUAAAAUCGACUGGAGAAGAGGAAAGGAUGUUACCGUGACAACCACCCAGAGCCGCGCAACUGCUAGUGGAGAAAUUGAAAUUCAGCCAAGAGUGGUUCCUAAUGCAUCAUUCUUCAAUUUCUUUAGCCCUCCUGAGAUUCCUAAGAUUGGAAAGCUAGAACCACGAGAAGAUGCCAUCCUGGAUGAAGAUUUUGAAAUUGGUCAAAUUUUACAUGAUAACGUCAUCCUGAAAUCAAUCUAUUACUAUACAGGAGAAGUCAAAGGUACCUAUGAUGAUGGUAAAGAUUAUGGAAACAGGAAAUAUCGAAAAUAA